CGUUAGAGCGGAAGCUCUAUCCACCCCGGUCAUAGAGUCGGGCCGGGCGGAAAGACAAGACGGGCAGACGCCGGAGGAGAAGAUGCAGCAAGAGCAGCAGUUCCGGCUUAGGCCAUAGAGCGGCCAGGCUGGCGCAGGUUGUCAAAAUUACAAGACACUAAGGAAUAGUGAUGGAGCCGUUGGAUAUGGGGUCUAAUGCAAAGAAAACUCUAAGAAACAUUGACUAUGUAGAGUCAUCAGAAUUUUCCCAAGGAAUUCUGCCUACAAAUAAGGAUGUCAUUCAGAACAUGUUGUAUCUGUUGCAACCCAAAAGAGUUGGGCAAGCACAACAGUCAAAAGAAGAUGCAGCUCAAUUGCUUGCUGAACUUCUGCAGGAACACUGGCUGUUUUGCAACUUACACACCAUAGCAACAAAAAAUAUAAAGACUAAUAUUCUCAAAAUGUAUGAGGAAUUCACAAAACUCUAUCAAACCAGAAAGCAGAGACAAAAUCAGUCAUUUACAGAAAAGGCAGACACAUUCAACAGGAGUUCAGAACAGCUCUUUGACAUAUUUUGUACAGACACAGUAAUAAGAAAUGAGAUGGAAAAAUACAGUGGUAUAAAAAUGACAGACAUUGAGUGGAAAUUUCUUGAAGAUCAAAGAAAUGAAAGAAAAAUGUACCAUAAAGAUUUCAUGGACAAGAACGAAAUUAAGAUGAUGGAAAGAAGAAAACUCCAGUGCUUGGAGCACUUGAGAAAAAUUUCAGAAAAAAAAGAAGCAAGUGAAGUCAAAGAAAAGACUUACAAAACUGAUGAGAAAUCAGAGGAGGAGGAUGAAGGUGUUCCAGAUUUUUCAUCUAAGGAGAAAAGAAAGCGUCUGUAUUCUACGUGGACUGCCAGCUCACCAGCAUCAGCUGGUGAUAGUAUGCCUCUUGAGUGUCAACAUAUACGUAUAAGCAUCAGGAAAGUUAGGCCUGGGUUCUAUGAGACAGUUGACAAGUUUAAAAACUGCUAGUACAUGUCAGUCUCAAGCUGAGGCUAUUGUUGUAGAAGUUAGCAACAAAAUGUCUAGGAGAUCUUGAAAUACCAUGAUCAUUUGGAAGUCACUGAUGUAGAUACUCUAACAACAUUCAGAAACAUCCACCUUGGAGGGAAGAGCAUUGGAGUAAGGAGAUAUGAACUCCAAAUGAAAAAAGUCAUUAACUAAUGAUAUGAAGGCUUAGAGAUCUGGAGGUUAUGGAGCAGAACAAGUCUCUUCAUCUAAGGCCCUGUCUAUACUAGACUUUUUUGGGCGGAAACUCCCACCAUUGCAGCUCUACUAGUGAUAGCAAUGGUGGGCCAAUAGUGUUGACAGGACUCUAGUUGACUACUGGGAAGUAAUACAAAAUUGUUGAUAAAGCUAAUUUAAAGUAUAGAUGCUGAGCAGUCACAACUCCCAUUAAUUUCAGUGGGAAUUGAGGAUGCUCAGCACCUUUUAGAAUUGGGACUAAUUAUCUUUGUCCUUCGUCUGCUUUGGAAUCCCACUCCCAGGGAGUACCUACUUAAAUUAGUAGUUUUAAUGUUGCAUUUCAAAUUCAUAUGGAAUAAAGAACUACUGCUGGUAUUGUGAAGGAGGUAUUCUGAAUGGCCUUGCCUCUCAGGCUCAGGUAUAUGUAUCUACAUUAUCUCUCUCCCUCAAAGGAUGCAACUGUCUGCCUCUCUGAAUAAUAUACUUAGUUUCUUAUCGGUUA